UCCAAGAGUCCAUUAAGAGUGCAUGCCGACAAUAUUUAUGUGAGGCACAGUAAUUUAAUGUUGGAGGACCUCGAUAAGACCCAAGAAGAGGUUCUGAAACACCAAGCUAGCAUUAGCGAGCUAAAACGCUCCUUUAUGGAGGCGCCACCUCCCUCUCCUCCUCAGCCCAACCAGUGGGAGAAACGCCUCACCUCCUCUCCCGCUACAAUGAUGCGUAUUCAGCAGCAACAAGUGGUGAAUGCGUCCCAAACGGAAGCGAUCGCCGCUGAUAACAUGAACUCUGAAACCAAAGAACCUGCAAAGACGCCCGAAGUUGAAAUCGAAGAAACCGUUGUCGUCCAAGAGGUUUCCAAGGCAACCAAUCCGGUAUUCGCCACAGGCACCAGCGGCGCCCCUUCUGGCCAUGAGGUGGAAGUGAAGGCUGAAGAUAAAGAGGAAACGAGAGAGCCGAAGCAGGAGAGUAUUUCAUCUGACAGCGAGAGCGAGGAAGAAGCGGAGUACCACCCAAAUGUACCCAUGUUAAUCACUCACAUACAAGUUCCAGAAGAGAAAGAAGAGGUGGAGCAAGAGAAGGAGGAGGAGAUUGGUGCUCCGACUCUGGACGCCCCUGUCGCUGCUGGAGAAGCAGAGGAGCCGAGGAACGAAGAGACCGAGGUGGACAAGAACAAAGUUGAAGAAUGUCAGGAAAGCACAGAAGAGCUGAUGAUGACACCUGAGGAAGCUCCCAACGGUCUCCCGCUUCUUGAGGGGGGCGUGGUGGGGCUUCCUGUAGAAGAAGAAGAAGAAGCAGAGGAGCAGGAGGAGCCGAAAGUGAACGGAGAAGCCUCAGUGGUUGAACCAGAACCACGGCCGCAGGUUAUUUGUUGCUCUGAGCCUCCGGUGGUAAAGACAGAAAUGGUGACUAUAUCAGACACGUUUGCUGCCCAGAAAACUGAGAUAGCCACAAAAGAAGUGCCCAUCGUACACACGGAAACCAAGACCAUCACAUACGAAGCUGCGCAGCUGGACGGGAACAGUGAUGGCGAACCCGGAGUGUUGAUGACUGCUCAGACAAUCACAUCGGAAUCUCUCUGCACAACUACAACCACGCACAUUACCAAGACGUUAAAGGGCGGCCUAUCGGAGACGAGGAUCGAAAAGCGGAUCGUUAUCACGGGCGACUGUGACAUCGACCAUGACCAGGCACUGGCCCAGGCCAUUAAGGAGGCCAAAGAGCAACAUCCCGACAUGUCUGUUACCAGAGUGGUGGUUCAUAAAGAAACUGAGUUGGCUGAGGAGGAGGAGGAUUGACUGAACUCAGAGCUGAAGCGCCCAUCGUGACUGUUUUCCACUGACUGACCUUCAUUGUCCUGCAAUAACCGACCUGGACUGAGUGAGGAGGAGGAGCAAGAAAGGAGGCGGGAGUCAGGACGCCGAUAACGAAGUCUUUCUAACGUCUAUGGUGCAUCGAGAUCCUUCACUCUGAAACAGAGAUGAACAAUGUCCUCACUCAUUCCAAGGGAAGAACCACUUUGUUAGAUUAACAUUUGUAGCUUUUUUUUUUUAAUAGUGCUUUUUAAUAAUUAUUUUUUUUGUUCCUUUAACAACUUUCUUUUACAAAAAGAGAGCAGAUAGUCCCUAAAGCAGUUCGGCAUUAAAAACCCAUGGACCCUGAUAAGAGAGAAACUGAUACAAUUAAUAUUGUACAAAAGAUAUCACAGGUACUAGAAGCUGAUAGAGUACUCGCUCAGCACUCCAAAUCCAGCUUUAUUCUGCCAUAUUUUUUAAAUAACAGGGAAAAAACAAAAAUAAUUUUACUAAAUCAUAUUGGUGGGGUUUUUUUGUUUUUUUUACACUGAUAUUUAGCUUUUUUGGAGAUGUUAUUGGUGCAUUCCCACUUGAAAAAAAGAAGUUAUUGUUAAAUUACAGCUCCCUCCUUUACAUUAUUUGAGUUGAAAAGUACCCAAAUUAAAUAAGUUCUAAACUUUUACAGUAACAGUGAACUUUAAUAUUCAGAUGAGUGCCACGUUAUAUUUUGUUACUAAUGAAUUAAAAAAUAAAGCAGGGUUCUGUAAUUAAAAUAUUGCAAUAAAAAUCAAAUUGUUUGACUUUAUGGUUUUUGUUCUUACUCGUCUACAUUCCGUGUGCGGUGAAUCUCAGUUGAGUGAGUUCAUUUCCAGCUCUCUUCAGAGUUCUAUUUUAUUUUUUGGACGCUGUUUUUUUUGGGGGGGGGGGGGGGGGGGCGCAAUCUCCAAAUGUUUGAAUCAUUACAGCUUUAGAAUGAAUGUUUCAGGUGGAAUUAUUUCCUUGUAAUCUAUAUUUUUAAACACUCUGCAGUUAGAAAAAUGGUUUUUAUUUGUACUGAAAAUGAAUGGAUUUUAAAGCUGGUGUGGGCAACUUUUUUUUUUUUUUCCUUUGUGUGUACAGUUGAAAUGCUUUCCUUGGCCCCACCCACUGUGCGACAUUCUCUAUUCUUAUUGGGCUACAGGGGAGCAAAGGGAGACCAGUAACCUGAAGGAUUUGAAAAGAAACAACUACAGUGAUUUUUUUUUUUUUUUUUUUUUUUCUAGACUCAUUUUUGGCAAAAUAAAUGUCCGGUCAUUUCACAUCCUGCAGUGAAUUAAUGGGGACACUACCACAGAUUAAAAAAAUUAACUCUAAAUGUUGCAAAACUCCAAAGUUUUAUUACACAUAGGAUGUUAAGUGACUUUUUUUUAAAGCAGAUUUUUUUUAUGGAUAAGAUUUUCUUUGAGAGGAAAUUGUUCCCAUUUUGGCUACUUUACAUCAACCAAGUUAUUUGCAGUGUUAAUGUCAUUUUGUUCGUUGUGGAGCGUUUUCAAGUUCAGAAAAAAAAAAGUCUGUUUAGGUUGUUCGGCUGAAUUUGCACCUAGCAACGGCACAAGCUAAAACCGAAGCACAUCACAGAAGUGCUCCUAAGUCUGAAAUGGAUUUUCAGUUCAAUUUAAAUUUACAGCUAAAUUCUAGUAAAAAUAUACUCCAUGUAAAUUGUCGUUUUCUAACAUUUGAAGUCUGCAAAAUCCAGCUAGCUGCUAGCAAAGUGGUCUCACAGAUACGGCCUUGGUUAGAUCUACAAACCAGAUCAGAACUCAAAAAUGUGUUUAAAUGAGGAAAUGGAACAUAUUCUCCAGGUAUCAAACUGGUUCUUAAAAAAAAAAAGAAAAAAAAAAAGUUAUUUCGUGUUGUAUUUUUUUUUUUUUUACGAGUGUGUUGUAAUCGGGACUGAAGUCUCCAAUAUGCAGAUUAACGACAUUCCACGGGGGGCAAUUUUAACAUCUAUAUCUCCCACAAAGAGACAGAAUUUGUAUAAAGAAAUAAAUAAAAUAAAAUCCUUGCUGCAGCUUUGGAGGUUUUUGCUAUUUCAAUAAGAAACAAAAAAAAACUAUGAAGCAGAAGUUUUAUGACAAAAAUGUGAUCUUAAUGUUGACAAGUGGGUCUGUAGUGCCCCCUUCUGGACACUUUAAUCUUUGGACGUUUUACCUUCAGGUCCCCCUUUUUUUUCAAAACAAUCACAGGAGCUCUGGGGUCCCUGCAGUCAGUUUUCCAAAAUGCCUGAUACACUUUUUUGUUUUGUUUUUGGUCACUUUCACACCACCAUGAAUUUGUGCCACAAAUGAAUGUUUUUAGACAGUUUUCUAAGAAAAGGAACCAGUUUCUAUGUAAGAUUCAUACCACGGUACGCCGGCAUGAGAGAACCAGCAGUGUCUUUGUAUCUGCCUGGCUGCCCCAUUGUUCAAUUUUAGUCAACCAAUGAUCACUAAUACUCUUUUAAAAUCCAGCAUAUAAAAUGUCUUGUGUGUACCUACACUGCCACACCCCUCCUGUGUAACGCUGUUUAAAUAAAGUACUGUUAUACUCUGAA